AUGACAGCAACUCGCAGAUCUGCCCGGCUGAGUAUAGCCUUAGAGAAGAGCUCGAUCGCAACAGAGGCAUCGAAGACUGCCAGCAUGCCAGCACCACCUUUGAACCUGACCGCUAAAAAGGAUCAAAUCAAGAAACGGAAAUCUCCAGGAGGUGGCUCGCCAGGAUCUGUCAACCAAGAGGAACCAACCACUCCAAAGAAGCGCCGUACUGCUGCUCCUGCCGCCUCACCUCUACCACCGCCAGUAACGCCCACUCCAAGUGCUGUUGGCCUCAUUUCUGAACCAGGCCGCCCAUCAAAUACUCCCAAGAACAAGGCAGUGACGCGUCUCGCCGACGCCCAUGUUGCGAAUGCCCAGCUGCUGUCGCCGGAGACUUCACGGGUCGUAGUCGCUGCGGACCAUCUAUCAGGUCAGGAUGCUUCAUCAUUACCAUCGAAAGUUGGGGUGCCUACGAAGGGACCGACGACCACCGCUACCCUACUCGAGGAGGCAUGUGCACAUCUGAUUCGCGUCGAUCCCCGCAUGAAGCCUUUGAUUGAAGCACAUCAUUGUCACAUUUUUAGUCCGGAGGGACUGGCUGAGAAGAUCGAUCCUUUCGAAAGUCUUUGCAGUGGCAUCAUAAGUCAACAAGUCUCCGGGGCUGCGGCGCGCUCCAUCAAGGCCAAAUUUGUAGCAUUAUUUCCUGAUGAAAAGCCUGGCGAACGUUUUCCCAGUCCAUCCAGCGUCGCGGUCACGACCAUUGAGAAGCUUCGGACCGCUGGUCUUUCCCAGCGCAAAGCCGAGUACGUUAAGGGCCUGGCGGAAAAGUUUGCUUCGGGCGAGCUAAGCGCGCAGCUUUUUGCCGAUCUCCCGUACGAGCAAGUUUUAGAGAAGCUUAUUGCGGUGCGGGGUCUCGGGCGCUGGAGCGUGGAAAUGUUUGCUUGCUUCGGGCUGAAGUUCAUGGACGUGUUCAGCUUGGGGGACCUUGGCGUCCAGCGAGGAAUGGCCGCCUUUUCGGGCCGCGACGUAGCUAAGAUGAAAAACAGCAAGGCCGGGAAAUGGAAGUAUAUGAACGAAAAGGAUAUGACCGAACUUUCAGACCGAUUCAAGCCUUACAGGAGCUUGUUCAUGUGGUACAUGUGGCGAGUCGAAGAAACAGACAUUAGUACAAUGGAGUAG